AUGUUUCCAUUGAAUCCUCAUAUUUCUACAAUAUUGAAUACUGAACACAAUAGUAAACUAAUUGCGGAUCAUUCAAAAAUGAAUCAAUUCAUUGUAGACGAAUUAAAGUUGAUGCAACAAACAAGCGUUAAAUGUCCAUUGAAUAUUGAAUCAAAUGGAAAUUGUUACAGCCAAUCAAUUUCAACUAAUCCUUAUGAUAUACAAGAAAUGUUAAAUGUUUACAACAAACAUGAUCAUCAUUUAAACUAUUCACCAAUAAUACAUUCAGUGUCCAAUGCUAACAAUGAUGUUCAAUCAUCAAAUCAAUUGAUGAUAUCUACUUGUAAUAGAAAUGAUUAUGAGAAAUUUGUUUUAAAUCUUACAACACAAGAAUUAGCUAACAAUGUGACCUAUUCUUCUGCUUCAUCGCAUGCUGUAAAUUCAAAUAAACCGGUAACACUUUUAAAACAACCUUCAAUAUUCAAUUUAACUACAACCAUUGAACAUAAUCCUGUUAAUAUUACGGAAUUAAAUAAUAAAUCAAUAUAUCCUUGGACAAAUUAUUCACUAGAUAAUAAUUAUGCAUUAAUUCCGAAUUUUAUGACAUGUUAUUCAACACAAACUGAUGUUUUAAAUAAAAAUUCACUUACUAACGUUACUAUUAGUAAUAAUAAUAAUAAUAAUAACACAUUGUUAUGGUCUACACAGCAAAUCAAUAAAACUCUAUCAGAAUCACAGAAUUAUUCAUCAAUCAAUCAUGAAAGUUUGUAUGAGGAAAGUUUAAGCGGCGGCGAUGAUGAUGAUGCUGAUGAUGAUGACGUUGAUGAUGGUGAUGUGACUGAUGAACAAACUGAUACUGCACAUAAAAAUAUUAAUUUUAAUUUGAAUGCGGCGCCUGAAUAUCAAGGUCGACAAUUGAAUCAUUUAAAUUAUACUCCUCAUGAGUCAUCAUCAUCAUUGAAUAAAAUAACAUCAACAAUAUUCAAUACUAAUGAUUGUUUGAAUUCAUUGAAGUCAAUUCAUUUUAAUAAAACAAAUCAAUUAAAUCAAAAUAAUAGUAAUAAUAAUAUUGAACAACAAUAUUCAAUUAUCAAUAAAACAAUGAAUUAUUCUCAUGUACAUAAUAAUUUACAAAAUUCAUUUGCAAAAAUACAACAUUUAAACAAUAAUAAUAAUAAUACUACUAAUAAUAAUAGUGAUGUGAUACUUCAAAAUCCAUUGAACAUUGAUCAUUAUUCAAUGUAUUCAAUUGAUCAAACAUUAAAUUGA